AUGCAGCCGCCUGGCAAGCACCGGGGUGGGCUCCGAUCUCAAGCCAACUCUUUCAGCCAGACCCAGGACCCCGGCCAGCAGCGUGCCCGACCCUCCACCACUUCCUCAGGCCCUUCCCAAGGGCCCUCAGGCUCCACACCUCGGCCCAGCACCACCUCCAGCCAGGGCCCUGCCCUUGGGCAGUCUCCCAGUGGCACCACCACCCCCACGCAGCCCCCCAACAAGACCCCCAACGGGCCAGAUGCCUCCGCCCCCAAGUCCAGCAGACGGCACCAAAAAUGGCCCACGACAAAGGCCACCAGCAGCACCUCGGUGCCAGAGCUCCCCGCUUCCGGCCAGCCUGAGUCCUCCCCAGAGUACAGCUCAGAGUCCACCACUGAGGUCACCUACAGCUGGCCUGACUACAGACACAGGCUCCGCUGCCUGCAGCACUGCUGGCGGAUGAAGCACCUGGCCUGCUAG